GGGAUGGGGAUUGUUAAUAUUUAUUGAUAUCGAUACCUUUAUCGAUACUCCUUAUCGAUCCGAGUCUUUAUCGAUACCACUAUCGAUACUUUUCUAUUAUUUGGUGGAAAGACUACGCGACAAUAUGUUUUUAACAGAACUGGUAUUGCUUUUAUUGCUUAACAAGUGAGCAUAACAAAAACGUUUCUAGCCUUCAAUAAACAUGACUAAUGUAAUAGGCCACUUCGAAAUGACAUAAAACUAACAAUAGAAAGAAUAUAUCAGCAGCACCAAAUGAAAAAUAUUAAAUAUUAAAAUUUACUGAGCCAAGCCAACCUGAAAACAUCAUCACGCAGCACGUCUGAAACUUUAUUUACUUUUCAAGCUAACUAGCUUGUAUGCUGCCGAUUACAACACGGAUUUCACAAUUACUAUUUUUAACUGACGGGACAAGCUACAAAGUCUGUGUGCGCUGCCGCUGGUACUUUGAGUGGAUGACGAAGACGGGCCCGUCUGUGGUGCGGCGGAAGAGUCUUUUCAACCCGGAGACAGUCGAAGAUGGGGAAAAGGCGGUUUUCAGGGAUGGAGGUGACCCUAAUGGUCAUGUUCGCAGUGAUGUCUGUGGUAGCCAUCACUCUCAUAAUUCUGUUUGUCACCGGAGAGCCUGGGGUCAUUAAAGAUGAAACUACUGAAGUAUUCGUGCCUCAGUGUCCCAACAUUCCUCUGGCUGAAAGAGUAGACUGUUUCCCUGAUGCUGGAGCCUCAAAGCUACGAUGUGAGCAGCGUGGAUGCUGCUGGAGCCCACUGGAUGAGAGAAAUGUUCCCUGGUGUUUCUUCCCAACCAACCAUGGAUACACAGUGGAAUCAGUGGAGCAACCAAAUCCUUAUGAAAUUAAGGCCCAACUGAAGAGAAUGCCCUCUCCUUCUUUAUUUGGGGAUGAUAUACAAGAGCUGUCAUUUCACGCAGAGAUGCAGUCAAACAAACGACUCCGAUUUAAGAUCUAUGAUGCCCACAAGCACAGGUUUGAGGUCCCCCAUGAGCACAUCAACAGCCUCAACAGUGACCCAUCCAGCCCCAUCAGCAACACACUGGAAGUGACAAACAAACCCUUUGGCCUCACUGUUCGCAGGAAGGAGAACCAAAAAGUCCUGUUCGACACUACAAUGGCUCCACUGGUGUUUGCAGACCAGUACCUACAGCUGUCUGCUAAGCUCCCAUCCCAUAAUAUUUAUGGCCUGGGUGAGCAUGUGCAUACAAAGUAUCGCCAUGACACAAACUGGAAAACCUGGCCCAUCUUCACCAGAGAUGCUUUCCCUAACGGGGGAACCCAUAACCUCUAUGGACAUUAUCCCUUCUUCCUCUGUCUGGAAGAUGAGAGUGGCAAGUCAUUUGGGGUCUUUCUCAUGAACAGCAAUGCUAUGGAGGUGACUUUGCAGCCUGCUCCUGCUGUGACCUACAGAACAAUUGGAGGAGUCCUUGACUUCUUUGUUCUCUUUGGAGACACUCCAGAACAAGUGGUGCAGGAGUUCCUGGUGCUCAUUGGCAGGCCUGUCAUUCCUCCCUACUGGUCACUGGGUUUCCAGCUUUCUCGGUGGGACUAUGGCAGCCUGAGUGAGGUCAAGAAUACAGUGGAGAGGAACCGUGCUGUAGCCCUCCCAUAUGACAUUCAGUACACCGACAUUGACUACAUGGAGGAUAAGAAAGACUUCACUUAUGACAAAGUCAAGUUCAGUGAGCUGCCGCAGUUUGCCGAUUACCUUCAUGAGAAGGGACAGAGAUACAUCCUCAUCCUGGAUCCUGCAAUAGCUACCAGUAAGAGGGUAGGGGAUACUGCAUAUGGCUCCUAUGACCGCGGGACUGAGAAGAACGCCUGGGUCACUGACUCAGAUGGGAAAACUCCUCUGUUAGGAGAGGUGUGGCCAGGAGAAACUGUAUUUCCAGACUACACCAGCCAAAACUGCAUCGAAUGGUGGGUUGAUGAGUAUGAGCGCUUCUCCAGGGAGAUCAAACACGAUGCCCUCUGGAUUGACAUGAAUGAGGUGGCUAAUUUCAAGAAAGGCUCAAAUAAGGGCUGUGCUGAUAACAAACUCAACUAUCCUCCCUACACUCCAAAGAUUCUGGACGAGGUGAUGUACAGUAAGACUCUGUGUAUGGAUGCCAAGCAGGCCUGGGGGAACCACUAUGAUGUCCACAGUCUUUAUGGCUACUCUAUGGUGCUGGCGACUGAAAAAGCUCUGCAGCGAGUGUUUGGAGGAAACCGUACCCUGAUGUUGACCCGCUCCUCCUUCCCAGGUGUGGGGAAAUAUUCGGGUCACUGGCUGGGGGACAAUGCAGCCAACUGGAACGAUAUAAAAUGGGCCAUCCCUGGCAUGCUAGAGUUUGGGCUCUUUGGGGUUCCCUAUAUCGGAGCCGACAUCUGUGGAUUCUUUGACGACUCCAGUGAAGAGUUAUGUCGUCGCUGGAUGCAGGUGGGAGCUUUCUAUCCCUUCAGCCGGAACCACAACGCUCAGGGCUACAAGCCCCAGGAUCCAGCUGUGUUUGGCCCUGACUCAACACUGGUGGCGAGCUCUAAACAUUACCUGAGGAUACGUUACACACUUCUGCCUUACCUCUACACACUCUUCUACAAAGCACACACCACAGGGGAAACUGUUGUGCGCCCUGUCAUGCACGAGUUCUACUCUGACAGUGCCACCUGGACAGUGGACCGCCAGUUCCUCUGGGGGAAACACCUGCUUAUCACACCUGUAUUGGACCCGGGUAUGGACACGGUGAGGGCAUAUAUCCCAGAUGCUGUGUGGUACGACUAUGAGACGAUGGAAAAACUGGCACACCGCAGAAACCAUGUUGAUAUGUAUCUACCAGCUGACAAGCUUGGUUUACACAUUAGAGGUGGUGCGAUCCUCCCCACGCAGAGACCGGAUGUCACCACUACAUACAGUCGGCGUAACCCCAUGGGUUUGAUCGUUGCUCUUGAUGACAACAACCAGGCAGCUGGAGAGCUAUUCUGGGAUGAUGGGGAUUCAAGAGAAACAGUUAAAACAGGCAACCACAUCCACUACAAGUUCUCCGUUCUCUAUGGAGUGCUGACAAUGCAGGUGACCCACGCUGGCUACAGGGACCCUAACAACCUGAAGUUUGACAACAUUAUUGUCCUCGGUGUGCCUCAUCCUCCCAUGUCCGUCUCUGUGACUCAUGUUAACACCGGAACACCUGGAAACUCUACCACACCACUGCCGAACUCCAACAUACAGUACAAUGAAGCCAAGAAGGUUCUGUCCCUACAAGGCCUCUCCCUGACCCUUGGGGAGACCUAUUUGGUGCAGUGGGAACUUGUGGCGGAGGAGUAUCAGCGCUUCGACUGCUAUCCAGAGGAGAAUGCAGAUGAGGCUAAGUGCAAGGCCAGAGGCUGUACCUGGAAGCCAAGCACACUUGAACGUGUUCCAUGGUGCUUCUAUCCAAAAGACUACGGAUACUCUGUGACCAGAACCGACCAGACUAACUCAGGCAUGACAGUUGAUAUCACUCGGAACAAGAAACACAGGAGCAAUGGUCGCCCAGAGUCACCAGACAUCGACACACUCCGUGUUGAGAUCCGUUACCACAGCAGUGACAUGCUGCAGUUCAAGCUGGGACUCCUCUGUGCCAGGUUUUACAUUCUCAGACAUGUUCAUCCAAGUGUCUACUCGACUGUCAUCCGAGUAUGUGUAUGGCUUUGGAGAGACGGAGCAUCCCACCUAUAAACACAACCUCAACUAUCACACCUGGGGUAUGUUCUCCAAGGACCAGCCGCCUGGUUACAAGAUGAAUUGCUAUGGAGUUCAUCCCUUCUAUAUGGGCCUCGAGACCACUGCUGAUGCCCACGGUGUGCUGCUACUAAACAGCAAUGCCAUGGAUGUGACUUUCCAGCCUACUCCAGCUUUAACCUAUCGAACUCUGGGAGGCAUUCUGGAUUUCUACAUGGUCCUGGGACCUACGCCUGAAAUGGUUGUGCAAGAGUACACUGCACUGAUUGGACGACCUGUUCUACCUGCCUAUUGGUCUCUCGGGUUCCAGCUCUGUCGCUAUGGUUACACCAACGACCAGGAGAUAGCAGAUCUAUACAGAGACAUGAGGGAAGCUGGUAUACCCUAUGAUGUGCAGUAUGCAGACAUUGACUACAUGGACCGUCAGCUGGACUUUGUUCUGGACCCCGAGUUUAAUGGACUACCCACCCUGGUUGACCGCAUGAGAGGAGAGGGCAUGAGGUUCAUCUUCAUUCUGGAUCCAGCCAUCUCAGGUAAUGAGACAUCUUAUUACCCUGCCUUUGAGAGAGGUAAAGCAGCAGAUGUCUUCAUCAAAUGGCCCAAAAACAUCAGUGAUGAAAUUGUGUGGGGGAAGGUCUGGCCAGAUUACCCUAAUGUCACAGUAGAUAACUCUUUGGACUGGGAUACCCAAGUAGAGAAAUUCAGGGCAUACACUGCAUUCCCCGACUUCUUCCGCACUACAACAGCAGCAUGGUGGAAGCAAGAAAUCCAGGAUUUCUAUAACAAAACCACAAAGUUCGAUGGCAUCUGGAUUGACAUGAAUGAGCCUGCCAGUUUUGUCCACGGCACAGUUGGAGGGAAGUGUCUUGGUAAUCCACUUCUAGAGAACCCCCCUUAUAUGCCACCGCUGGAGUCUAAACACCUCGGUUUAAACCACAAGACUCUGUGCAUGAACAGUGAGCAGAUACUCAGUGACGGAAAAAAAGUCAGACACUACGAUGUCCACAACCUCUAUGGCUGGUCCCACACCAAGCCCACCUAUGAUGCCCUGCUGAAUGUGACAGGUAAAAGAGGCAUAGUGGUGACCAGGUCCACUUACCCCUCCAGUGGAAAAUGGGCUGGACAUUGGCUGGGAGACAACUAUUCGAGCUGGGACCAGCUAUACAAAUCCAUUAUAGGCAUGAUGGAGUUCAGUCUGUUUGGCAUCCCUUACACCGGAGCAGACAUUUGUGGGUUCUUUAAUAAAGCUCAAUAUGAGAUGUGUCUUCGCUGGAUGCAGCUGGGUGCCUUCUAUCCAUACUCACGCAACCACAACGGCCUGGGCAACCCGAGACAAGAUCCUGUUGCUUGGAAUAGCACCUUCUCCGAGGCAUCCCGGGACGUCCUGAACAUCCGUUACACCCUCCUGCCCUACCUGUACACACUGAUGUUUGAAGCUCAUACAAAAGGAAGCACAGUAGUCAGACCACUCUUGCAUGAGUUUGUGACUGAUAAAACUACAUGGGAGAUCUACAAGCAAUUCCUCUGGGGACCUGCCCUACUUAUCUCCCCUGCCCUCGACCAGGGAGCCAGGGAUGUGGAUGCCUAUGUUCCUAAUACACGCUGGUAUGACUUCCACACGGCCAGAGAUGUUGGAGUGCGUGGCCAAGUGGUUACGAUGCCGACACCCUUGAACCAUAUUAACCUUCAUAUCCGAGGAGGAUAUAUCAUACCCUGGCAGAAACCAGAGAACAACACACAUUACAGUCGAAGGAAUCCUUUAGGACUGAUCGUUGCCCUGAGCGACAGUGGUACUGCUCAAGGAUCACUCUUCUGGGAUGAUGGAGAAGGAAUAGACACAGUCCAGAGAAAUGAAUAUCUGAUGGUCUCCUUUGCAGCUGAAUCGAACACCCUGUCCAAUAAAGUUGGCCACAGUGGACUGGCCGCUGCUGAACGCUUGACCCUGGGUGUGGUGAAGGUUUGGGGUGCAGGCAGUGUUAAGAUCACAGGGGUAACCCUAAUAGACGCAACCGGAGCAUCAUAUCCACUGACUCUGCAGCACAACACUGACACUCAGGAGCUGAUAAUAGAUGCUACUCCAAGGUCAGUUUUUGUGGAUCAGACCUUUACCAUAACAUGGAGGACCACCGUCUGAUCAGCAGGAGAGUUUUUGUGUUUUACUGUUAAAUAAUCAGUAUACAUGUACAUAAUUGCCCCUUGCCAUACAUUAUGAUGUUAAGUAAAUGUAAUGUUUUUUGAACAUGAAAUCCCCUCAAUGUACUCCCACCCUCAUUGAUAAGUUUACCCAUAAAUGUUGUUGUUGUUUUUUUUUACAUUACUGUACCAUAACAUCUUAAGUAACAUUACAUCAGAUUGAGUACAGGCAGAAAUAAUUCAAAAUCAUAACAUGUUUUUACAGCAAAUCAAGUCAAGUCAAGUCAGCUUUAUUGUCAAAAAUGCUAUACAUGCACGACAUACAGCACAGAUGAAAUUUCAGUCCUCUCGGACCCACGGUGCAAACAGCAAUAUUAUAACAAUUUAACAGACAUAAGAUAAACAAUCAACAAGACAUAAAAUAAACAACAAUCAACAAUCAAAUAACUUUGGAGGGUUUGGUGUUUCAAUACCCUCAGAACAGAACUACAAAUUAUUAAAGCUUUGUUGUGUUUGAUACUGAAAAAAAAAAUAAUGUAUACAAUGUUGACUGUCUUGAUUAUUUUACAAAUUACAUUAAAGAUUCCUUGUGGAGUUUUUGACCUAUAUUU